AUGAAGUCACAGUCGAGUCUAGAGGUGCCGAAGCAGGUGAGGUCCGCCUCCUUCGACGAGAUACAGCUCGAGGCGAAGCGGCAGGACGGGGCGCGGGCGAGAGAACAAAGCCCCGCCGAUCGGGCCGCGGCGGCUUCGUGCAACCCCCAGCAACCCUCGUUCCGGUCGGCAUCAUCCGCCUUCACCUCCGCCGCCAGCAGCUCCGCCGCGAUCGCCGCCCCGAGCCGUUACUCCCACCACGAGUCGGCCGUCAGGAGACUGACGACCCUCCGCGUACCCCAGCUGCGGAGCAACCAGCGUUCGAAGAGCUUCGAUGCUUGCGGCAUCGACAAGAGAAGCACGGGGAAUCCUUCGCCGCCGCCGAUUCUCCAGGCAUCCGGAUGCUACCACUGCGCCUGCGUCGAGGAGUACGAGCGGCGGCAGGCCAGGAAGAACGAGGCCGCGGAAUCACCCUCCGCGAUAUUCGCAGCCAGGACUAUCCUCGACGCGAGGGUCGGGAGCACCGAGGAUGGUGAGGACGAGGAGGAGGACGACGAGAGGGAGGAGAACGAGGACGAGGACGACGAAGACGCCGACGCCGAUGACUUGCAGGACGCGGAAGAAGACGCGCUCAGGUACCGCGAACGAUCCUCGGGGAGUUCCUGUUCGCAGCAGGACUCCCAGGAGAGAACGGACCGCGAGAACAGCCCCGAGAUUCUGGUCACCCUGACGAGCACGGACUCCUCUUAUCCCUCGACGAGACGGAGGUCGGUCGCCUCGCCCAAACUCUCGAGACAGGAAGCGCUUACCUCGUUUCCCGCCGACCUCACCUCCACCCUUAGCAUCAAGGACCCCGAAGACGACGAGGGCGACGGCAGCUCCGAUCCAUCCGCGACCGACGUCGAGUCCGAGGAACGGACUGGACUGAGAGGCGGACGACUCGUCGUCAGGGACAUUUUCCUCACCGUUCCAGAGCUUAAGAGAGACCGUGCAGCCUCCGUCGACUCCUGCUUCAACGGCAGCAAGGCCUCCGAGAAGACCGGAGAGAACCAGCAGGGCCUCCUUGCCGUUCCUCAGCAGAGCUUGCGAUCGAAAAGCGUCGACAUCGUCCUUCCCACCGACGCUCAGACCAGAUACACCACCCUCCUACCAUCCAACGAGUCUCGUCAGUUGCGAGGAGGGAGAGAGGGAGCAGAUGGUGGGUCGAGUGCUGGCCAACAAAGAGAACCCCGAUCGACGCCAGACUGGGGACCGAGCGCGAUCAACGGGGAACAUCUCUGGGUCCCAACCGCUGCUUCCGGGGACUUUUGCUACGUCACUGACUGUUCCAAACACGGUCCGAGGCUGAAGUGCGCAGCGUGUCGAGUAGUGGCUCACGCCUGCUGCGCUACGGGACUCGGGUUUGCCUGCAAGCCUAGUUUCCGGGACGUUGGAGUGCGGCAGUACCGGGAGCAGACAUCGACGCACCAUCACUGGGUGCACAGAAGAUCGCAGAAGGGUAAAUGCGCCAACUGUGGUAAAUCGUUCCAGUCCAAGCUCAGUUUCAGUUCAAAGGAGAUAGUAGCGCUGAGCUGCAGCUGGUGCAAGACGGCUUACCACAACAAGGAGGCAUGCUUCAACGUCCAGAAGAUCGGCGAAAACUGCGACCUGGGCCGUCACGCUUCGGUGAUAGUUCCUCCCUCGUGGAUAGUAAAGCUUCCGCGUAAAGGGAGCUUCAAAAGCAGCCUCCGUAAGUCGCCCCAGAAGAAAAAGUCCGGCUCGGGUGGCGGCGGCUGUUUGGCCGGCACCGCCUCCACCCGAAAGAAGAAGGACAAGGACAAAGAUAAGGAGCAGACCAGACUCUGGGUCGUCAAGCCCAUACCGACGGCCAGCGUCAGGCCCGUCUUGGUGUUCAUCAACCCCAAAUCAGGCGGCAAUCAAGGCGCGAAACUCCUUCAGAAGUUUCAGUGGCUCCUCAAUCCGCGUCAGGUCUUUGACCUCACACAAGGCGGUCCGAAAAUGGGAUUGGAGCUCUUCAAAAAAGUCCCGAACCUCAGGGUUCUGGCUUGCGGUGGCGACGGUACCGUCGGCUGGGUCCUCUCCAUUCUCGAUCAAAUCGGGGCAUCGCCGCCGCCUGCGGUUGGCGUCCUUCCUCUCGGUACGGGAAACGACCUUGCUCGGGCCCUCGGCUGGGGCGGCGGAUACACCGACGAGCCCAUAGCCAAGAUACUCUCGAACAUCGGGGACAGCGACACUACGCUUCUAGAUCGAUGGCAACUGACCGUUGAGAGGAACACCGACGCUCCGAACGACGACGAGGCUGGUAAAGGGAAGGAGAACCUUCCCUUGAACGUGGUCAACAACUAUUUUUCCCUCGGCGUCGACGCUCACAUCGCCCUAGAAUUUCACGAGGCAAGAGAGGCUCACCCGGAAAAGUUCAACUCCCGGCUCAGGAACAAAAUGUUCUACGGACAAAUGGGCGGCAAGGAUCUUGUCCGCCGAAAGUGGAAGGACCUCUCGGAGUUUGUUACCCUGGAAUGCGACGGGCAGGACUUGACUCCAAAGCUGAAGGAGCACCGAGUCCACGCUAUAGUAUUUCUCAACAUCGGAUCCUACGGAGGAGGAACUCACCCCUGGGCUGCGGGGGGUGGUGGAAGCAGCGGGGGUGGCUCGGGAGUGACUGGCGAACCGGCUACCGAUGACGGGCUGAUCGAGGUCGUGGGGCUGACGACUUAUCAGCUUCCCUUGCUGCAGGCAGGCGGUCAUGGAACCUGCAUAGCCCAGUGCAGCAAGGCGAAGUUGGUAACGACGAGGACGAUCCCGAUGCAGGUGGAUGGUGAGGCGUGCCGCUUGCUACCGUCGACGAUCUCGCUAUCGCUGCUCAACCAAGCGACGAUGCUCGCGAAGCGAAGAAACACAGGAAAACCGCAGCAGAACGUCGGAGCGAAACUGGAGCGGCUAAAGCUGCCCGUUAUGAAGAUCAAAAUGUCCGACUACGAGGCGUACCACUCGGACAAGGAGCGACUCAAACGGUCGGCUGUCUCUUGGCUGCCGGAUACCCUCGACCUGGACGCCACUCUGGACCUCGAAUCCCUGCGAGGAAUACUCGCGAAAGAUCUGCCGAUGGACGCCUGUUGCUUUUUGGACUCUUGCACGGCGGAGCGAUUUUUCAGGAUCGACAGAGCCCAAGAGCAGCUUCACUACGUCACCGACGUCGCGGCUGAUGCUCUUUACGUUUUGGAGGAGGGAGUCGCGGCGGUUCCGCACCCGGAUGCGGACAGCGUCGCUCAGCCGUCACCAAGCGACGAGGCGGCCAAGCCGGGGACCGGAACUGUGGCCGAGGAGAGGCGACUCUCACCGGGACGCGCGUCUCCCGUGCAGGACCAAUCGCGGUCGGCGCGAGAACCGGAACCGGAGCGACGAGCGUCGAGUCGAAGGGUGCCCGAGAUCGCGGUCGCCGGGACCGAGGAACCUGGCAAGCUUCCGGAUACAACGCCGUCCAACGGCGCCAAGCCUCCCGCCAACAAAUCCAACGACGCCUCGUCCGCGGCGUCCAGCCAAUCUCAUCAGCCUCUUGCUUUCGUCAGUUCGAGGGAUCGUUUGUUCGGACUGAGUGCGGAGGUGCACGAGCACAGUCAUACCUUUGGCGGUGGUCUCCUCGAGAAGACGUGCGACGGCAUACUGAGGGCGGCAAAAACCGGCGACCUGCCGGCUCUGAAGGAUCUGCACUCCAAGGGUUACUCGCUUCUCUCGAUCGACGUGAACGGACAGACUGCUUUGCACCACGCCGCGAGGCACGGCCACAAGGACAUAGUGAGGUACCUGAUCGCCUGCGCCCCUUCGACGAUCCUGAACAUGGCGGACAACGACAAGGGACAAACAGCCCUUCACAAGGCCGCCCAGCAGAAAAGGCGCUCGGUUUGCUGCAUGCUGGUGGCCGGAGGAGCGACUCUUACGGUUCGAGAUCGACACGGUCACACGGCACGGCAGUUGGCCCUCAAUGCAGAGGAUCGGGAGCUGGCAGCAUACCUGGAGAGUCAGGAGCAAUUUCACCUGGUGACAGUGGACAUGGAAAGCGUUCUUUGACCCACCGAGCUUUAUGGUCUGGCUUAAACGAGCCUGCAGCGAAUUUAAUCAGUUAUGUAUAGUUACAUUAUAAUAUUAUUAUAUAUUAUAUAGACUAUUCGCACGUUAAAAGGAAACGUGUGAUAAUAUUCGGUUAACGAUAUGAUAUAUGUACCCGUAAAACACAAGUAUAAGGGUAGGUAUAGUAACAAUAAUUCUGACGAUCUUUUUUUUUCUUUCGCUAAAAAAUAUAAAGAUUUUUCACCUUAUUCGAUCGCAUGUGAUAUAAAAGCACGCGUAAAAGCAUUUAAAAAAAGCAAAAACCGAAAAUUAAAGAAAAGAAAAAAAAAAUACCCACACGUUAACAAUUGUUCGAAAAAUUUACUCAAACUACGACAAGAAUCGAAGUAAUGAAACGAAGAGAACAGAAUUAUAUUAAAAUUAAAUCAAUUAAUUAUUAAUAUAACGUUUAAUGAUAUUCAACGUAAAGUGUAUAAUAUUUCCUACAUAAUAUCUAUGCUCGACAAUUUUUACUCUGCUCCAUGACUAAAUAUAGUCUGUUAUUGUAUAUUAUAUACGUACUAUAUACAAAUUCGCGGAUACACGUUUGUUUAAAUACAUACACCGACGCUAGGCUGUGUUACGAAUCUGGGGAGCAGCUUCAGUUUCUAAUAUUCGUACGGUAUACGAAUAUACCAAAUUUAGAUACGCGGACCGUACACCAGUUUACAUUCAAAAACGCGUAGGGUGAAACCUAUAUAUAUAUAUAUAAUAUAUAUAUAGAGCAUACCUAUAUUCACUCUGUUGACAAAUGAAAUAAGUAUGUAUUGUUCGGUACCAAAAAAGAAAAAAUGAAAAAAAAAUUUGUGAAAUGAACGGGAUCAACGUGAGAACACCAAUUAAUUCUUAGAUGCGAUCAAAUGCUACUGCGUAUAUCUUCUCCUAUAAUAUACAUAUACAUAAUUAUACAUCGUAUUAUUACGAAUUAUUACGAAAAUUAUUCCUUGAUAUAAAAAUUUUCUCAAUUUUCCUAUGACAACUAAAAAAACACACUAAUGAAAAACAAGGAUAAUGAAGAAAAAAAGGAGUGACAUGCAAACCUACACUUUAUAGUUACAUAAUACGUAACAAAGAGAUAAUCGAACUUGUAUUAUGAAUUCACACAUAUAAAUUAUACCAAAUUGAGACCGAAUAUAUUAUCGGCUUGAUUAUCGUAAAGUAGAUCAUCGAAUUCAUUCAAUUUCGACUUGAGUUUUAUCGAUUCUCCUAUUCUUAUACAUAUACCUUGCACUGUUUAAACGAAAAAACGAGAAAAAAGCAAAAAAAGAAAAAAGAGAAAGUUAAACAAGAAAAUAUUUAACAAUACUUGUAUACCAUUAUAUUUGUUGUACAUAUAUGUACGUGUAUAUUACGUUUCGAGAAACGAUUUCGCGUCCAUCUGUGCGCUAUUUUACCGCGUUUUAGGUCGACGCAAUUACACGAAUUGAGUCUCGUAGUUCCACAAAUGAUUCAGCAAACAACGGCGGUUACGAAAAUAAGCACAAUUUGGGUUCCGAGCCACGGGGACUGUUUGAUUUUUAUAUGUGUUAAAUCAAGUAUCGGAAAUGAGCUUACGCGUCAAUGAAUAUGGCAUUGUUACGAAAAAACGUAUCGUUCUAAAUGGAGACAAAGUACGUAUGGUAAAAGAUUUUUGCCCAAAUGACGCGGUAAUCGAUUAAACAUAAAAAUGGUGUCACGAUUAUACACCGUGCAACCACUUGUAAUCAUAUAUAUUUCGUCUAUAUUUUUUUGUACUUAAUACAUAGUGAUAUUAUUUAUUUAUUUAUUGUACAGAAGCGUGCUCGAAAGAGAGAGCAGAGAUGGGCGUUAUUCCUGGAACUUGUAGUAUAUAGGUAUCAUAUAUGCAUAUACAGACAUAUCGAUGCAAGUACAUAUAUUAUAAAUAUAUAGUACAUUAAAAUUGUAUAUAGAAUAAGAAAUUUAACGGAAAUGCCUUCUACGGUCCACAUAAAGAUAUUAUUGUAUAGUUGAAAAAGAUGCGAGAAAAAAAAAUUAGGAUAAAACGCAUAAAAAAAAAUUUAAAAAAAAAAACAUAAACGCAAAAAAUAAUAAACCAGAAGAAUAAAACUGGUAUAACGUAAAUUAUUGAACAUAAAAAAAAAAAAAAUUAAAAAAAAAUAUUUAAAAAUUAACGAGAAACUGAAACACAGUAUUGCCUUCCUCGAAGAGGGUUUGGACCGCGAGUUUCGUAAUUUGUAAAGCAAUAAAAUGGACAAUCAUUAAUUGCGGUCCGAACCCUUUACACAAUAUGACCUAUAUUGUUAGUCUUUAUAUUUUUAUUUCUAAUCUUUACGUAUAACUAUAUAAGUGAAAGAAUCUCCUACGUGCAUACAUACCUAUGAUAUAUAUAUAUAUAAUAUAUAUUGUAUAUCAUACAUAUGUAUGCAUAACCGUUAUCCGAUGAGACGACAGGCAUUCUGUUGUAAUCUAUGAUACCUCUCGAGUUUCUAUUUCUUUCAUAUUCAACACAAUUAUUACCACGAUGUACAAUUUAAUAAGUAUAUUACAUUAUUCUUUUUCACUCUACCCUCCCUCCGUCCCUCCGCCCUUUGUAGUGCCUCCGUUAUACUCAAUGUCUUGACACGAACAAAUUUUCACGUUCAUAUUAUAUAUGUAUGAUAACGUAUAUCUAUUAUGUAUAGAUAUUCUAUUGAUCCACUGAAUUUUACAGUUUUACGUAAAAUUUAUUAUAUAUUAUAUAGAUGAUACCAUAUGUAUAAUACAUUCGUGCAUGUAUAUAUAUAUAUAUGCAUUAUCGAAUAGAGUAACGGAAUACAUAGUUAUGCGUUGUAACCAUCAUGAUACGAACCGGUUUCACUUAGGCCUGUGUCACACAUUGCACACCUUUUCAUUUUUAGCCUCUUCGUUGUCACACCGUAUUUAUUCAUUGUAGAAUCGAACACUUGUAGUUUUUAUCAAUAUCUUGUACUGUUUUUUGAUACUGCAUUAUCAUUAUUGAUUUGUUUACUAUUAAUAUUAUUAUUAUUAUCAUCGUUGUUAUUACUAUUCUUUUUGUCGUGAAGCGAAUUCUCUAAAACAUUGGGCAUAAUUUAAAUCACCGUUAUUUAAGCGACAACAUGCAUAGACGUGUAAUUAUUUUAUUACGAAACACGAUUAGUAAUCCGUAAACUCUGAAAACUCGUGCAUGUUACUAUAUUAUACCUCUUGUUCAAGUUUUUAUCGUUGCUGUUGCUAUUUUUAUUAUAACUGAUACCGAUUUGUCGUUACGAGAUUGUUGUAUAACGUAUAGAAAAUGUGACAUUGCAGAUUUUAGUUCUCUCAAUAAUACCACGUUUCUAAAACAAACAAAUAAAUAAUAAUAAUCAUACACAUAAUCACAAUAAAAAAAGAUAAUAGUAACGAUAAUACUGAAAUUAAUAAUGAUAAUGAUAUAUUAUAAAUUAAAGAAAUAUACGCGGAGUGUACGCGGACUCGUUAUAUAGUCAAUUUGAAUUCGAAAAAAAAAAAAAUCCUAAAUAAUACAUGAACGAUAAAACAGGUGAAAUAUUAUGGUUAAACUAUAACUAUUAUAUAGUUGCUCUGUUUCUAGAGUGUCGAGUUGAUAUUCGUUGCUGUUUAACAGAAGAAAGAGAGGAAAUUAUUAACGUAACAGGGAUACUCUACGCAAGAGAUGUAAGCACGUAAUAUCGUUGACCAAAUAAUCGCGGAGUAGGUAAUUAUGGAAGAGGGGA